AUGACAACAACGGCAGACGACAACAGCCGCGACAACGACACCAAGUCAGUCCGGUUGAUUGCCGUCACCUUCUCCAUCUCUCACCGGAAUGGUGUCGCCACGAUGGUUGGUUUCUGCCGGAGCAUCCUUGGUCGCGUCCGUCUCCGGCGAUGGGCUGUGAAGGCGUUGCGGCGGUUUGCAGAAUCGCGGCGGCGGUGCUCCGCUGCUGAGGAGGCGACGGGGACAAAAAAGCAAUCAUGCCAGAAUUCACUAACUAGACGAUUAUGGAGGCUUCUAAGUUUCCCAGAUUCUCUUGUGGCAAGGGUUAUCAAAGGUAGGUAUUAUCCCAAUAGCAAUCUUUUUGAAGCCAAGAAAAGAAACUCAGACUCAUGGAUGUGGAGAAGUUGGUUGAAUGCCAGAGACUCCUUGAAGAGAGGGGUGAGAUUCAAAAUAGGGGAUGGCAAAUCAAUUGACAUCUGGAAAGACCCUUGGGUUCCUAACCUAUCUCAGUUCACACCAUCUUGCCACUCCAGCAGAGAUAGGGAGGAACUCAAGACAGUCAGUGAUCCUUUCUUGACAGGUAAAAAUAAGUGGGAUAAAAAGUUGGUGAGGCAAACCUUCAAUCCCUAUGAAGCAGAGGAAAUUCUGAGCAUCAGGUUGAGUUUGUUUGCAAAUAAAGACAAGUUAGUUUGGCACUUUGGAGUGAAUGGGGAGUUCUCAGUCAAAUCCACUUAUGAGACAAUAGUAGCUAAGAUGGAAAGAGAUACAUCAAAGGUGGGCCCUAGCUGCUCUAAUGGCCAGAAGAAAGGGAUGAGUAUGGACACAAUUUUCUCUAUUUGUGGAGAGGCUGAGGAGGACAUUGACCACCUCUUUGUGCAAUGCUCAAGGGUGCAGAUAUGCUGGAAGUUGAUUGGUGUUCAUUGGGAUGCUAUGAUAGGUGAGCAAGCCAGCAUUAAGGCCUGGUGGUCUGAGGUAUCCUCAGGUUCCAAGUCAAAGGCUCUAACUGAUAGGUUGGUAUUAUCUGUACAUCUCCUAUGGAAGGUAUGGAAGGCCAGAAAUAAUAAGUGCUUCAGGGGUGACCAAUUUAAUGAGCUUAAAGUGGUGGUAGAAGCUAUAAGGGACUGGCUAGAGAUAAGGCAGGAUAAAGUAGAGGAAGGGUGUGAGUUAGUUAACUCUAUCCAUCCCACAGGUAGACAAGAUGAGCAGUUUUUUCUUGGAGUAGGUUAUGUAUGUUUGCAUAUCAGUGCCCUAUCCUCAUUCUUAGGUACAGUGGGAAUUGGAGGAGUGGCUGGGUCAGGAAAUGAAGUGAUAAAGAAGUGGCAGUGUUCCUGGGAUGGUGUUACUUCAGAGAGUGAUGGACUGCUGUUGGGGGUGAGAUGGAUACUAGACCUAGCAUGCAAAGAAGGAUGGAAGAAGGUGGUUUGCUAUAUUAACUCACCAAAGCUGGUAAAAGACUUGCAGGCAGGCUCCAAUCAAGCAGUUCUAGGUUAUGACCCUGUAGUUUUUGAAGUUGUUUGUAAACUCUUGUUGUUUGAUGACUGUAUUUUCAGUAUUCCUAGCUUAAGUUGUAGUGAUAGUUUGGCUUUAGCCUUGUCGGCUAUGGAGGGGGAGCAUUCUAAUGCCUUCCCAAUUUCAGUCUAA